GGCUCAUCUCAUUGCUCUCAUCUAUCUCUCACUCUUCUUUCCGCUUGUUUCUGGCUCGUUACGUCGACAGAACACAUGCAAACUAUCUCAAGUCUCUCGGCGCGAUGCUACCCGUGGACCUAGGUAGUUAAACAGCCCACGUAAUCCAGACCUGCCAAUUUCAAAACACAACGGCAGUCGCCAUGCUAGACCCAAGAACCGCACCUGGAGAAAAACUUUCCGUGGGCAAGUCCCCACCAUCAAUGGGCGCUCGCCACUUCUCCUUAUGCUGUCCGCCGCUUCUCUUUCCUCCUCGCACUCCAUCUACCAAACCAAACCCCAAAUCCCAAACCCAAACACCGCCCACGUCCCCAUUCUUCUCCGCUCCAAGUAUCCCAUACCGUAGCACGACUAUUCCUCUAUUAAGAAUACGCCUCACUUCUCCUCCUCGCAUCGACUAGCCCAUUCACCAACAUGAAGCUCGCCUUCCUCGCCACCAUUUACUUAUUCAGCCUCACCCUCGCCGUCGCCCCGCAAGACGAUCACACCCCAGUGCCUCAGCACAGCGACUGGUCCCACUACCGCGCCAUCGCCCGGCUCCCGCGCGGUAUCACCAUCCCCACUACCGCCCCCGCCUCCGGCACGCCUCUCCCGCACGACGACGCACCCGCCGAAACCCCCGAGGAUAUCGACGCGCGCCAGCAGUGGCCGUGGGAGAAGGAGCCGCACGUCAUCGGGGUGUAUCCCGACGGGCGGCCGAAGUGCCGGAUCAUGUCUAUGACCGCGUGA